AUGGUAAUUCUUGAGAGAAAUAUUCGACUGGUGCUCGAGUCUGUAGCGUACGAAUCAUGUAAGACGAUGUUGCAGCCUGAAACCGAGACAAACAUAGGCGACAUAGCCAUCAUAGUAAUCACGAUCAUGUUCUUCGCCAUCUUCGUCAUGGCUUUGGUUUCGGUUUGCUUUCGUUGGACCUCUCACCAACUUCACUCGCUAGAUCUUUCUUUUAGGUUCACAGACUCCAAUCGCACGGUGAGUACGGCGGCGCGUGGGAUCGAUGCGGCUAUCGUGAACUCGUUCCCGACGUUUCUCUACUCGGAGGUGAAGGAGCGGAGGAUCGGGAAAGGUGGUGUGGAGUGUGCGGUGUGUCUAAGUGAGUUCGAAGACGAUGAAACGCUGCGUUUGAUGCCUAGUUGUUGCCACGUGUUUCAUUCUGAUUGCGUAAGCGCUUGGCUCUCCGAUCACUCCACGUGUCCGCUCUGCCGAGUGGAUCUCGCCUUCCAACCGCAUGAGGGGAGCGAUCCAGAUCCGGAUUCUACAGAAGGGCAUUUGCUCGACGGUAUGACGUGGACCAAUAGGAAUAGACGGUUUCGGUCAGAGUCAACGAGAUUGUCUCGCUGCCGAGUCUCCUUCUCCGGGAUAUUAUUCUCGAGGUCUCAUUCGACCGGACAUUGUGUGAUAAACCCGGUAGAGAAUCAAGACCGGUUUACGCUCCGGUUACCAGAAGAUGUACGGAGGCAACUCACGGUGGGCCACGUGGCGUUAACUCAGGUGAGGAGCUCAUGGCGCGGUUACAGAAGCAGAAGUGUUGGAAGCGAGAGUAGCGUCUUCUCGUUCCAACGGAAUAACCAUAAGAAUCGGCGGCUACACUCGAAGACUUUCUCUUUCUCUGAUUUUGUAUGCUCCACCUCUUGUGGCGGAGAUGUGGUGGCUCCGUCGAAGAGUCUUCCGAGAUCGUUGGAUUUCGACGAACCACCGUCUAAACGACCCCAGCUAGAUGAUCGAGUGUGA